GACAAGAACUAAGUAAGACCCAUGUGAUAUAAUAUCCUAUAGUAAUUAUAAAAUUUUUGCUAUUGCUUAGGUUCACAGAUUAUCAAUUGGGAUAGUAGAUUUUUUUUACACUUGAAUAGUUCUCCGCCACUCCCUUAUAAUAUCCCUUUUGCACUUCACACUUUCAAUACAAGCUUCGCUAAUUCUCUCUCCCUCUCUCUCUCUCACAAAUAAAUUUCAAUCUCAGUUAAUAAGCUUUCCAUAAAUUCUACUUACGUUUUGCCAUUACAAUAUUUGAAAUGGGUAGCCUCGACUUGUUCAGCUCAAAUGGCAAGCCUACUUCCCCACUCAGAGAUUUUAACCCCUUCAACCCAGAAGAAUUUCGUAAACAAGCCCACAAGAUAGUCGACUUCAUAGCCAACUAUUACACACAAAUUGAGUCGUACCCAGUUCUCAGCCAAGUCGAACCCGGAUUUAUCCGUAACCAGCUGCCCCAAACUGCUCCAUCCGGACCAGAGCCUCUCGAAGCUAUUUUCAAGGACAUUAACAGUCUCAUAAUCCCCGGCAUGACCCAUUGGCAAAGUCCAAACUUUUUCGCAUUCUUUCCACUGAAUAUCAGCACCGCAGCCUUCCUCGGAGAAAUGCUAUGCACUAGUUUCAAUGGGGGAGGAUUUAACUGGCAGUCAUCUCCGGCCAUGACCGAGCUCGAGAUGGUCGUCAUGGACUGGCUGGCCAACAUGAUCGGUCUUCCAAAAGCUUUCCUCUUCUCCAGUACGGGCGGCGGUGUCAUUCAGAACACAACUAGCGACGCAAUCCUUCUUACCCUCAAUGCAGCACGAGAUCGAGUGCUUGAGAAAAUCGGCACGGAGAACAUGCUAAAGCUCGUCGUAUACGGCUCCGAUCAGACCCAUUCGACCUUUGAGAAAGUGUCCAAGGCUGUGGGAAUACACCCCAAUAAUAUAAGAUUAAUCCCCACCAACAUCGAAGGAGGUUUCUCCAUGUGCCCCGUGAAGCUCCGAAAUGUCGUGGAGAAUGAUGUGGCGAAAGGAUUGGUGCCGCUUUAUCUGUGCGGGACUGUGGGGACGACUUCUACCACCGCCGUCGAUCCACUAGAGCCGCUAGCCAACGUAGCGACAGACUAUGGGAUGUGGUUCCACGUGGAUGCCGCGUACGCCGGAAGCGCAUGCAUUUGUCCUGAGUUCAGACACUACUUAAACGGGAUCGAGCGCGUUGACUCACUGAGUAUGAACCCGCACAAGUGGCUUCUCAGUUGCCUGGGCUGCUGUUGCUUGUGGGUUAAGCGGUCCGAUUUGUUGGUGAAAUCACUGAGCGUUACACCAGAGUACUUGAAAAACGAAUACAGUGAGUCUAAAGCAGUGGUGGACUUCAAAGACUGGCAGCUUGGUGCGACUCGGAGGUUCAACUCGAUUCGGUUAUGGGUUGUGCUACGUAGCUACGGCGUUGAAAAUCUUCAGAACCAUGUCCGGUCCGAUGUUCGGAUGGCGGAAGAGUUCGAGUCGUUUGUAAAGGCCGACCCAAGAUUUGAGGUUGUGGUGCCGAGACUGUUUGCAUUAGUGUGCUUCAGGCUGAACCCGAAUCCGCAAGACGACUCUAGUUAUACCGAGUUGCUGAACCGAAAGCUUCUUGAUUGGGUCAACUCGUCAGGAAAGAUUUUCAUGUCGCACACUAUAGUGGAUGGGAUAUAUAUGCUGAGAUUUGCUGUGGGAGCCACGCUUACAGAAGAGUGCCAUGUCAUUGCCGCGUGGAACUUUAUCAAGGAGGGAGCCGAUGAACUCCUUAAACCUAUCUGAUUUUGAUUGAGUGUCAUCAUUACUGUUAUUGAUUUAGAUGCACCGACAGAAAUGUUCUUAUUUUUAUGUAAUUUUAUCAACUAGGUACUCUUGAGAUCCUGAAGAUUUUAUUUUGUUUAGAGUAUCUAUUUUUCAGUAAUAAUUUUGAAUAAGAGAAUCUCGUCAACUAGUUUUUUUUUAUUAUUAUAAACUAGCACAAUAUGAUAUGUUACUUAUAAUUAAUAUAUUAAAUGAGUUGUUACUAAUUAUUUAAUUUAAGAGACUUCUCUUAAAUCAACGCAGCCAAUCAGAAGAAAUAUUUUAGAUAUU